UUUCUCCUUCUAUGCUUCACUCGAAUUCCCUCGAUCCAUCCCCAAAUUCUAUAUAUACCCACAAUUGCAAUACCCUUUUCACCAUUCAAACAAAAAACAAGCACAAAAAAACAUUCUCUGUCAAAAAAGAUCAAGUCUUUUUGUUUCUUGAAUCUGUAGUAUGGCUAAAUCUGAAGGAAAAGCAAUUGGCAUUGAUCUUGGAACAACUUAUAGUUGUGUUGGUGUAUGGCAAAACGAUCGUGUAGAGAUUAUUCCAAAUGAUCAAGGCAACAGAACAACUCCAUCUUAUGUAGCAUUCACAGAUACUGAAAGACUUAUUGGUGAUGCAGCCAAGAAUCAAGUUGCUAUGAAUCCACAAAACACUGUCUUUGAUGCUAAACGUCUUAUCGGUCGACGUUUCUCUGAUCCAACUGUACAGGCUGACAUGAAACAUUGGCCAUUUAAGGUUGUUCCAGGACCUGGUGACAAGCCUAUGAUUGUUGUUAAUUUCAAGAAUGAGGAGAAACAGUUUGCACCAGAGGAGAUUUCUUCUAUGGUUUUGAUUAAAAUGAAGGAAACUGCUGAGGCUUUUUUGGGACAAACUGUUAAGAAUGCUGUGGUUACUGUUCCAGCUUACUUUAAUGAUUCUCAAAGACAAGCUACUAAAGAUGCUGGUGCUAUUGCAGGGUUGAAUGUAAUGAGGAUUAUUAAUGAACCUACUGCAGCUGCAAUUGCUUAUGGUUUGGAUAAAAAGGCUUCAAAGGGUGGUGAAAAGAAUGUGUUGAUCUUUGAUCUUGGUGGUGGAACUUUUGAUGUUUCAUUGUUGACAAUUGAAGAAGGGAUUUUUGAAGUUAAGGCAACUGCUGGUGACACACAUUUAGGUGGUGAAGAUUUUGAUAACAGGCUUGUGAGUCAUUUUGUGCAAGAAUUCAAGAGGAAGCAUAAGAAGGAUAUUACUAGUAAUGCAAGGGCUUUGAGGAGGUUGAGGACUGCUUGUGAGAGGGCUAAGAGGACUCUGUCAUCAACAAGUCAAACAACAAUUGAAGUUGAUUCUUUGUAUGAAGGAAUUGAUUUUUAUGCUACAAUUACAAGAGCUAGAUUUGAGGAGCUGAAUAUGGACUUGUUUAGGAAGUGUAUGGAGCCAGUAGAGAAAUGUUUGAGGGAUGCAAAGAUGGAUAAAAGUCAAGUUCAUGAUGUGGUUCUUGUUGGUGGUUCUACUAGGAUACCAAAAGUGCAGCAAUUGUUACAAGAUUUCUUUAAUGGUAAGGAGCUUUGUAAGAGUAUUAAUCCUGAUGAGGCUGUGGCAUAUGGAGCUGCAGUUCAAGCUGCAAUUUUGAGUGGUGAAGGUGAUCAAAAGGUUCAAGAUUUGCUGCUUCUUGAUGUCACUCCACUCAGUCUUGGUAUUGAGACUGCUGGUGGUGUAAUGACAGUCUUGAUUCCAAGAAACACUACUAUUCCAACCAAGAAAGAGCAAAUCUUUUCCACCUACUCUGACAAUCAACCAGCUGUGUUAAUUCAGGUGUAUGAAGGAGAGAGAUGUUUAACCAAGGACAACAACCUUCUUGGUAAGUUUGAGCUAAAGGGUAUCCCACCUGCCCCGAGAGGCGUGCCACAGAUCAAUGUCUGUUUCGACAUUGAUGCUAAUGGCAUUCUCAAUGUGUCGGCGGAGGACAAGACUGCUGGGGUUAAGAACAAGAUUACUAUUACAAAUGACAAAGGAAGGCUAAGUAAAGAAGAGAUUGAGAGAAUGGUUGAAGAAGCUGAGAGGUACAAGUCUGAGGAUGAGGCAAUGAAGAGGAAGGUGGAGGUGAAGAACGCGUUAGAGAAUUACGCGUAUAACAUGAGGAAUACUGUGAGGGAUGAGAAAAUAUCAGGGAAGUUGGAUCCUUCAGAGAAGCAGAAGAUUGAGAAAGCUGUUGAUGAAACAAUUGAAUGGUUGGAUAGGAAUCAAUUGGCUGAAGUAGAUGAAUUUGAAGACAAAUUGAAGGAGUUGGAGAAGUUGUGUAAUCCAAUUAUUGGAAAAAUGUAUCAAGGUGGUGCUGGUGCUGGUGGAGAUGUGCCAAUGGGAGGAGGGAGUGCUGAUUAUGGAACUGGAAACAGUGGUGCAGGGCCUAAAAUUGAGGAAGUUGAUUAA